UGACAACAAUGCGCGCGAUCAAAACAGAACCAGGAUAAAGCAAGAUGGCGUUCGGUGGAGAUGACUAAUAGUUGUAUGUCCUUAAUCCGUACAUGUGCACAUUAAUGGCGUCAAAUAGAGUUAAACAUAGUUAAUAAUUGCUUGUAUGCUGAUACAUUAGUCUAAGUGCACGUUGACGCUUGUUGUGCUAUUUUAGCUCGGUAUUUAGCUUAUAGCUAGCUGGCGGCUCACAAAGCGACGCGGAAGCUAUCAUCCAUCCAUUUCUAUCGUUUAUUUCCUUCGGGGUUUAAUCUCAGCUUCAAUCGGGCGGAAGGCAGGAUACACCCUGGACAAGUCGCCACCUCAUCGCAGGGCCGACACAGAUAGACAGCUAUCGGUACAUUGCUAAACAGAGAUCAAGUGUGAGUGUAAAGUGUUGUGAUUGAGUCAAAAUGUCCGAAAGAAGGCUAGCAGAGUACAAGGAGGAACUUUGUCGAACACAAGAGGAGAAGGAGCGACAACGUCAUCUGCUGGACGCUGUGUUCAAGAAGCCUCAAGUUGAGUUACACGGAACAGACGUCCAGCAGCUGAUUGGUCACCGAGAAGAACCUCUCUCUAAGUUGCUGGAGGUUCACUUCCCUUUGAAGCAGGAGGAUCAACAGCCCCCCCACAUUAAAGAGGAAGAGGAGUCUGAAGACCAUGAAGACAAACCACCUGAGUCCUCACAGCUUCAUCACAGUCCAAGUGAGGAGAAGAGAGAGGUGGAGCCUCCAAGCAGCAGCUCACCACAACACAUGACAACAGAAGCUGAUGGAGACCACUGUGGAGGCUCACAAGCUGACAUUCUCUUAGCUCCACUGUCAGAUAGUGACGACUCAACGUCACACGUUAAUGUCAUAAUUGAAUCACACAUGAAAACACACACAAGAAAAAUACCUUUCAGUUGUUCAGUUUGUGGCCACAUAUUCUCCCGAAAAGGUAAUAUUCAAAUACACAUGAGAACAAAUACAGGGAAAAAACUUUUUAUUUGUCCAGUUUGUGCAAAAGGCUUUGUUUCAAACUCUGAUUUGACUCGACACAUGCUGUCACACACCGGAGAAAAACCUUUCAUUUGCUCAAACUGUGGCAAAAUGUCUUUACAAAGAGGAAUUAUGCUGUCACAUAUGAGAACACACACAGGAGAAAAACAUUUCAGUUGUUCAGUUUGCAGUAAAAGAUUAUCUCACAAACAUCAUUUGCAAAGACACAUGAAAACACACACAGGAGAAAAACAUUUCAGUUGUUCAGUUUGCAGUAAAAGAUUAUCUCACAAACAUCAAUUGCAAAGACACAUGAAAACGCACACAGGAGAAAAACCUUUGAGUUGUUCAGUUUGCGGUAAAAUUUACUCCGAAAAACGUCAUAUGCAAAGACACAUUAGAACACAUACAGGAGAAAAAAAUGCAUUUUUUCGGUUUGUGCAACAGGCUUUGUUACAAAGUCUGACUUGUCUUGCCACAUGCGAACUCACACCAGAGAAAAACCUUUUUAGUUGUUCAGUGUGUGGGAAAAGAUACACUGAAAAACGUUAUAUUUUUAGACACAUGAGAACACACGUAGGAGAAUAACUUUUCCUUUUUGAAAGUCCUCUUUCAAUAGACUCUGGCAGUCACUCAUGGUCUACUGCAGGGCUUCUCAAAAGUCUGGACUGUGUUCCAGAUUCAGACCAUGAGAUAGCCUGGAUCCAGUGGGCAACCAGCCACCCCACAUAAUGCUAUGAAUUACAAAACAUUAUCAUAUUUAUUUUAGGCACUGGUUAAAAGAUGUCAUUAAAUGUUUGUAAUGUUAAAAACUUUGUUUUAAAUUAUGAUUCCCAAGAUCCUUUCAAGUGCAACUACACUCUUUGGGGGGAAUUUUGCCUAUCAUUCACAAUCAUUUUGCGAGACUAGCACAUGUUUUCCUUUUGUUAUGCUGUCUAACUCAUAAAUAAAGGCUACCAAGAGUCAGCUAACAAUAGAGGGAAAUUGAUUCGCUCCAUACUGCCCAUAAGGUGUUCCUAAAAAGAUCCAAAAACCUCCAUCAAGGAAAGCAGGAUCUUUAUUGUCAUUGCACGAGAACAACAACAUUUCAUUCUGAUCACAAACUUGUUCGGCAGCAGACAUACAUUGUACAUGAUAAGAGAACAGGAACGCUAAUGGGUUGCCUCUCAAGGCGCCCAACGUUCUAUAUACACACUGUAAGUAUAUAUGUAAUGUAGUAACAUGCACUUUCUUUAAAAAAGUAAUAUUUGUGUAUUUUUGUCAUUUUAAUUAUUUUAGGAACAUUUUGGGCUUCACGGUGGCAGAGGGGUUAGUGCGUCUGCCUCACAAUACGAAGGUCCUGCAGUCCUGGGUUCAAAUCCAGGCUCGGGAUCUUUCUGUGUGGAGUUUGCAUGUUCUCCCCGUGAAUGCGUGGGUUCCCUCCGGGUACUCCGGCUUCCUCCCACUUCCAAAGACAUGCACCUGGGGAUAGGUUGAUUGGCAACACUAAAUUGGCCCUAGUGUGUAAAUGUGAGUGUGAAUGUUGUCUGUCUAUCUGUGUUGGCCCUGCGAUGAGCUGGCGACUUGUCCAGGGUGUACCCCGCCUUCCGCCCGAUUGUAGCUGAGAUAGGCGCCAGCGCCCCCCGCAACCCCGAAAGGGAAUAAGCGGUAGAAAAUGGAUGGAAAAAAAAAAAUGGAAGGAACAUUUUGGUGGUGCAUUAAUUUCACAUUACAAUGUUCGCUAUUUCCUUCAACAAUACGUAUCACUAAUCAUGGCAGACUUCAUGAAAGUCAACAAUGACUUAUUUGGGGAAAAAUAUGUUCCAGACCUUUGUAUUCCUGCGCGUGGGCAUACGGACGAUGAGUUACAAGUUUUAUAUAGAAAUACAAAAUACGUGCAUAAUAAAGUGAUCACUUACUGUA